AUGGCGGACGACCCUGUGAUUGCAAGCUAUGACUUGAUCCUGUCGAGCCCACCAGGAUCAGACGCGGUUGUCCACGAUGCUGCGCCGUCUGACAAACCAGGUGUACUUGUCUUGCAAUAUCCCGCGCACCGUCCGGCUGCCCGACCGUACUGCGCUGCUCUUCGACAGAAACCGAGCACGCUAAGAUACAAGAAAGCGACAGGCAUUGUCGAGGUCGAUGUCCCGAUGCUCACAACAGACAACUACAACCAUGAAGCAGGCAAUCGGUACGGAGCGGCCAUGACUGACAGCAGGACCGUCAGCAUUGGAGGAUCCCAUGGUCUUGUCGGCGGUUUCAAUGCUGGACCCACGCAGGUAGGUUCUCUGCAUGACGUCCCUGCUCACCAGAAUGGAGAAGCACCUCCGCCGCUCGCAACACAGACAUUGGGUGGCAAGAUCGCAAAGCCUUCAGAGAAAGACCCUAUCUACUUCCUCGCAGCCGUUCGCGACGGUGAGAUCCACCUUUCUCACCUCGAUGCUCUGGUCCAACUGAGGCCCCAACUACAUCACAUAGACGCAGAAGAAGAGAACAAUCAGCGCCGCUUACACCUAUCGGGAGGUUCUGCGAACGCGAAAAAGCCCGGCGUCGAGAUCACGCCCAAAAUCGAGUCUAAGGCGAUCGAAAUUAAGCUAAAAGACAGCAAGGAAGACCCACGUGAUCGCAGUCUCAACGCGAACACCAAGCUGCUGCGUGACAUCCAGACUGAGCCGUGGCAGAGGCACGAUUGGGUUGACCAGGACGAUGCAUUAGCCAAAAGUCAAGGCGAUGCUUUUCUCUGGCGAAACGGAGAAGUCGAUGCGCCCGCAACUCUGAAGAGUGCCUUGUCCAAUAGUGACUGGCUCGAUCGAAUGUCAGCGCCGCGUGAGGAUGGUAAGAAGGGCCUUCUGGCAAAGCUGAGAGGCAGAGAACGGGAGAGAGCUCGCCGGAAGAAGGCAGAGGAGGAAAAGAAGAAACUGAAGGAAAGCGCACAGCCACCCGGUCCAUCCAAGGGUCCGCUGCUUGAGCAGAGCUCCGACAGCGAACUGAGCAGUCCAGACGUUUCCGACCUGGAGCAGGACGCCGACGAUCAGGGUAUGGACGUGCAAAUCAACGCAGACGCGCUAGUCGAGAUCAAAGCCGAGCCAGAAGCCGAGCCAGCCCCAUCAAGGCGACGUGGCAGACCGAGGAAGGGCUAG